UCAACCUAUUGCAUAUUUAUGCUACACUUGUGCAAAGAUCGCAAGUCGUGUGGCCUCUGCUUCACCCCAGUGAGAGUGAGAGAAGCAGAUAAUGGCGUGGGGUUGUUGUGGGUAGUUUUGUCCUGGUGGAGCCGCUGUGCGGUCUGGGGACCCUGGGCUGCCCCGACUGGAUCUGGGGGGCAGUGUGUUUGAACCGGGUCGCGUCCUGCUGCUGAACUGCGCUCUGCUCUGCUGGCUUGAGCACGCAGCGAGGGAGGCCAGACAGCUCUGGCCACGCGCUGCUUGCCCUUGGCGUUGGGGGAGGAGUUGGUCUGGUGCAGAGGGCACACGCUGCAGUUACCCUUUCGUGAGCUGCCACAGGGCCACUCUUUGGGGUUUCAGUGCCAGGAGGAGCCGGGCCGCUGCUGGGCCACUGAUAGAUGCGGCCAUCCCGGUUUUCGGGGGACAGUGACCUCUUCCUGACCGAAGAGGGGUGUGAGGCUGCGGUCCAGGGCCUACAGAGAAGCUGCGCCAGGAGGAGCCCCGCGGCCCGGGGACGGUGCUGGCGGCCACCGUGGGAAACUGAAGCCGAGCUGUGGGCCGGCCGCCCGGCCUUCCUGCCGCCUUUGCCUCCCAGGCCGUACACUUAAGCCGUCUCUGAAGGCCAAGUCCCCCGCCUGUGGCAUUUCGUCAGGCCGGCCGGGGCGGUGCCGUGUGCUGCAGAGCGCAGGCCGAGCCCCUGCUGCCCCGCAGGCCGCAUGAGGAGCGCGGUGGACAGGAGGAAGCUGGAGCAGCUGUACGCCCGGUACAGAGACCCACAAGAUGAAAAUAAAAUUGGAAUUGAUGGGAUUCAACAGUUCUGUGAUGACUUAAACCUGGAUCCUGCCAGCAUCAGCGUUUUGGUCAUAGCGUGGAAAUUCAGGGCAGCGACACAAUGUGAAUUUAGCAAAAAGGAAUUUGUAGAUGGCAUGACAGAGCUUGGGUGUGACAGCACGGAGAAGCUGAGGGCCCUUGUGCCGAGGCUGGAGCAGGAACUCAUGGACACGGCGAAGUUUAAGGAUUUUUAUCAGUUUACCUUCACCUUUGCUAAGAACCCCGGGCAGAAAGGUUUAGAUUUAGAAAUGGCUGUUGCAUACUGGAAUUUGGUGUUAUCUGGAAGGUUUAAAUUUUUAGAUCUUUGGAACAGCUUUUUAUUGGAGCAUCACAAAAGGUCAAUCCCAAGGGACACGUGGAAUCUCCUGCUUGAUUUUGGAAAUAUGAUUGCGGACGAUAUGUCUAACUAUGACGAAGAAGGAGCGUGGCCUGUUCUGAUAGAUGAUUUUGUAGAGUACGCACGGCCAGUCGUGACGGGCAGUAGGCGCCGCCCUUUCUAGGCAGAAAGGGAGGAUGAGCCAGGACACUGACGGCAAGCACCUCCUCCGGGGAGCCCCGGCACCCGCACAACCUCCCCCUGCACAAGGAAAGGGCCCGUGGACGCAGAAGGAGCUCCUCAGAAGGCGCUGCUCUGGGAUGUCUGGUCCCCUGGCUGUCGCUUUAGGAUAUUGCUGCAUGCUUUUUACCAUAUCUGUGGAAAAGUCGCCCAGAGCAUGUUUGCAGAGCUGCAGAGCGUGCGGUUUACUGGGCGGUGCCCGUGACCACGCGGCGCACACGCUCCUGCCCAGCCCGGCACCACACCACCCGCGAGGCAGCGUUUGUGUCCCUGGGAGGACGGCGCUCCCUUCUGCGGGCCGGAGCCGCCGCCAUCGAGCCCCAGGGGAGAUCUGAACGUGGGUCCUAACACUUUUAAACGUGGUGCCAGGAAUUCAAGAUUUCUAUUUCCUGAAUUAUCAAAUAUCUGGAUUUAUUUAUUUUUAUUUUAAUUUCCCGUGGACGUCCGUGUGAACGUCCUUCCCCGCUGCCUGCAGUGUGAAUCCAGGGAUGUUCUGUCAUACACCGUUCACGAGUCGGCCCCUGUCCCGUCCACUCUCAUUUGAAUGAGCUUCCGAAAAAAAAUUUUUUAAAGUAUGCUUUAAAGAAAAUGUAUUUUAUUACAUUUAAAAAGACAUUUUUCCCCAAAAAGCAUUUUUUUUGUGUGCAAUGGAUUAUAGAUUCAAAAAUGGAGUGACUUGGUUCCUUCCAGCCCCCUGCGUGGUUGCACACACUCGGAGGCUGUGAUCCACACCAUUGCCCGAGACCCCAGACGGGACGGCCCCGCCUCAUUCACGUCCACCGUGGGUGUCAGUCACGUUACCGUCUAUCAGGAGGCCGUCCGCUGAAGCACGGACUCUGCUGCGCUGUCUGAUGGUGGAGCCUGUGGCGUUACCCGCUCCUCCUGCUGGAAAAGCCCCCGUGUGUCCUAGAAACCCCUGUGCGGACCCUUCGUCAUGUUUGAAAAGAUCUUCACGUCGCAAGCACGCCUGCUGUCCUGCCUGUAACCCCAUUUAUGAGACGACUAAGUUGGGGUCACCUCACGGGAGAGGAAGUUCACUGUGGACUUUCUGUGAAUGGAGAGCGUGCCUAAAAUUUGUAGUUUGAUGUGACUUUCAAAACUGGAUCCAGCGUUUCAGGAAGUAUCUGUGCCCCGUGGGAGGGGUCUGUGUACUUGCUGUGUGUGAACUGUUUAUCCUUGUGAAGAGGAGUCUUUCCGAGAGACCCCGGGCUGUCCAAGGGGGAAAGGAGGCUCGGCGCCUGCCGGCCACAGUCUGGGCUGGGUCGGCCCCUACUUAGGCGCACGGCUGCAUCUCAUGGCGUCUCCUGGGCCUGUCCGUCCACGUCUGCGACAGGAUCUACAGGGCUGUGUCUGCCCGUGAGCCUGUGUUCUGAGAGAGCACGUACUUUAUAUAGUGAAAACCUCAACAGCUUUAAAGCACCCUUCGAGACUUCAUGGCGUCUCACCAUGGUUCUCAGAGGAGGCUGUAGGGCUGCAACACCUUGUCAUUCUUAAGAUUCGAAGUUAUGGGAGGGGAGGCUUCUGUGCAACUAACUGUUCCUCAGUAGAUAACAGAACAUUAGUGGCUGGACAGAGGCUCUUCAAGAUCUCGGGUUUCUUCUAUUCUGUACAUUUAAGGUGUGUGAGCCAUGGAACGUGCUAAGAGCUUUGGAAAUGUUGAAGUAAAUCAUUUUCUCUGG